UUCAGCCCAAGGACUGUGCAGGCCAUUCACUUUGAGGGUCAAAUGCUGACCACGUCCAUGAAGUCUUGCAGCCUCUGAGUGGGGCUGAGCAUGAUCUUCAAUAGCAUCAGCAAACUGUGGGAGCUCCUCCCAGAGCAGAAGUCAUUUGCUUUCCAGCCAUGAAAAUACAAGUGACCAAGGAUGGCGGGGGAAGUCGUGCAUUCUGUUCCAUUUCCCAGGAGUCUGACACUAUCCUGCACUGGCAGAACAGUUUCUGAGCACCUGCUGGAAGUGUUGCUGUUCUGGACCCCAAUGUCCUGGUGUAGUCUCGUUCAGCCUCACACUGGCCCUUCAGAGCUGGCAUAGACUCAGAAUCAUUAACUUCAAGAAGAAGAAAAAAUCCUGCUGAAACAUAAUAAAAAUCAUGAAGAACUGUAGGGACUUCCUUGAGCCCAUAACCUUGGGGUCAAACAGAAAGCUGGGUGCAGAGUGGCCUGGUGCUGGAUAAAAACUUUUAUGGAGUGAUGGGUGUCCCAUAUGCAGAUGCAUUCCAAAUGUGUAAGGCAAGCAACCUCCAGGGAAGUUCAACAGCUGUACAACAAACCAGACAUUUCUGUGGGUUACAAGGUUACGAGUUGAGCCCUGAAUGCUGCGUGUUGACAGCGGAGAGAUCCCACGUCUGCUUCUUGGCCAAACCAGCAAAGACACUAAAUUUAUCCUAGCUCUUGAAUAGAAAGAUACAAGGCAAAAAGUGACAGCCUAUAACUUCUGUAUCUGAUGCCACCAGAACAGAGAACAAUAGCCCCAGAAAUGGGAUCCUGGGACCAAAACCCCUCCUGACGCUGCCGCAGGGAUUGAGAGCUUUAAUUUUUGCAGCUGGAAACAUCUAACAGAACUUGCUCUUGGUAAGGAAAUUUUCUGCAAGAAAAAUUGCUGAAAAGUCUCUGCCUCAGCAUUAAAUUUUGUGGUGUUAAUGUUGCAGAGCCACCUAGCACACGCUGUUCUGUCUGUGCCCACACAGUGGUACCUUGGCCAGCUGGGCAGUGCCAGCUCUGCUGCAGGACAGGCGGUCACUGCAGUCGAGCAGCUCUCAAAGAGCCCUCCCUCUCCUAGGCUACUGAAAACUGCAUCCACUGACUGGAAAAAGGGGAAAAACCUUACAGUCAAACUCAGUGCCUGCAGCUGUGCUGAUUCUAGAGUUCACUGGUACUGUGCCACAGCCCAAGGCCAGGCAAAGAGCAAAGGGCUCAGCCCAGGAUGUCAUCUGCAGCCCCUGUAAAUAGGGGUGGGGAGACUGCGGUAGGCAAUCACCAGGAUUGUGCAAGGCAGAGAUAAGUGAGCAACCCCUUGCCAAAACAAAGCACAAAAUAACAGCUUUUAGUAGAAAUGCAGAGGAUAUACCUUUUUCUUUUGGCAGCCUUGUCCUCGUGCUAAAAAUUCAGCUGGUUUCUGUUUCACUUCUUCCCUCCAGCACUCUGUUGUGCAGGCUGCCAGGCAAGCAAAGCUUCCCUGUGUACUGCUGUGCUGAAGGUGCUGGGAAGUGAAGAGUUCCAUGCUGGGAUGAGUAUUUGUGCUGAGGCCUCGCAGCCUUUGCAGGUUGCUGCAGACAUGGUGGUUUGGAGGGACUUUUGUGGGCUACCCCCAGCCAGCUGACCAGGAGGACUGUCAGGAGGGUGCAAUCUCACAGUCUAAGAGCAUUCUGCCCCUGAGUAGUCUGUGUGGAAAUACAGGUUACCUAGGACUUUAAUUCAGCAGGGCUGUCCUCUGCUGCCAGGCUUUGGGAUUUUGGGCUGAUGACCAAGAGUUGGCACCUCCAGGACCAGGUCUGGAAAAAAGACUUUCUGCUGCCUCACCAGGUUUCCCUCUCUGCCAUUACCUGCAUUGGGUCAAUGAUGGCUUAAAGCAUAUUUUAAGGAGGAAAAAAUCAAUUACCUGAGACAUCUGUCUUCAAAAAGGACUUUCCAAACUAGCUACCUCCUAAAUAUAAGUUUUAGGUCAUCUUUCAAAGCCUAAUUCUGAUCUCUGAUGAGAAAUCUCAAACUGAGUAAGCCUUGGGACCUGAAGACUCUCAUUAAAUACACACAAUGUGAUUCUCCACGUGGAAUUCUCUAUCCUUCUAUAGGUAUGGAUUGCAAAACCUAUUUUUGGGGUUUUUUUUCCUUUUCAGCUUCCUGAGAUUUAUUCCAAUUUUGUGAGAAAUUUGGUGCAUUUGUUGGGUUUUUUUGUUUUUUUUUUUAAAUCUAAGCUGUUGUUGGUGCUAAUUGUCAUCAGUUGCCUUGGAAAGUGAUGCAAUUGCUAGGAAAACUUGCCACCAUUUUGCCAAAGUGUAAACAGGCUCUUGGGCUGUUCUAGAAUAAAGGAUUGGAGCACCCUGGGAAACUAUGGAUGUAAAUAGAUUUUAGCUCCUGGCUGGCAAAACCAACAGAGAUUUGUGUGAGGUUGAAUCCCUGCAGAGAGUGGACUUAUCUGAAGGCUUACAUUUUGUUUUCAAGUUUUCUUUUAUUUCGAGCUUUGUCUUGUUACCUUCAAGGGAGACACCAGCAAGGCCAACUUCCCUAGUGUUGGAUAAUUAACAUAGUAUAGAAAACCAGCAGAAGGAAAUCCUUACAGGGUGUUAAGAACUGCCUGGAGUCCAUGAGAUUGGAUAAGAAAUAGAAACCAGGAUUCAAGUUUGUUAUACUAGUUAGCUAAAUACCUUCCUUAUUUUAUUUUAAUACGUGCCACUGCUGUAAACUUUGAUGGGAGCCUAAUGGAGGAAGCACAAAGAAGAAUGUAGAAAAAUGGUGCUUCUUAACCUCUGCUUUUUAUCCCAAUUAUAAUGCUCUUACAGUAAUACUCUAAUGGUUAUACUCUAUAUGCUACUUUAUCAGAUGAAACCUGGCAAGGGAAGCUGCUCUCUGUGGGAAAUAUUUUCUGAAGCUUAAAAUAAAGAGAAAUAAUUGAGGUGAAUAGCAGAAUUCAAGCUGGUUGAGAUUUUUCUCUUGUUACCCAAAUCUGUCAACCAAAUGGUGUUUCCUGAGGCUUCUCUUUUUUUUGACUGGUAGAGCUGGGAUAAAUUAAGAGCAAAUAAGGCCACUUGCCUUUAAUAUUUAGCUUAUGUACUAGAAGUUUUGUCACCACACGUUUGUGGUAGUUUAAUUUUGGAGGGUUUUUUUCAGUUAAAGAGAAUCCAUGGGGUAUGAUUGCCUCUCAUUUGACACUCAUAUUGCAAACAAGGGCAGUCACUGUGGUGCAGCCUGUCAGAGCUUUACCUUACGGUGUUUCUAUCUGUUACUGCUGUUCUGCUCAGAGAGGGCAGCAAAGGAUUGCAGAUCUUUUGGAAUCCAAAAGGAGCUCAGCUCUGAGGAAAAAUGUAUCAUUUUCAUAUACUAAGUAUGAAAGGAGAAAUAGGGGAGGCAUUCAGAUCACUGCUGCUCAAAGAUACUUGAGCUUUUUGUCCUUUAAGGUGUGGGUGUAUGCAAUUAGUGGAGAUUCUGAUAAGAGAAACACUGAAACACUUUGAGUUUAGGCAUUAGGUGUGAAGAGUCCCAGCAGAAACACAAUGAGCUGUUGAUGUUUCAUCCUCAACUGGAAUAUUGUAUGACUCAUUUGGCAUGAAGAUAAAGCUGUACAUUUAGACAUAUAGUGAACAAAACACUGAAAUUAAUUUGCAGCACAGUGAGAUUAAUGGCUGUUGUGAUAUUAGGUAUUUUCAUUAGACCUCGAGGCUUUCAGACUGUCAUAAGCUUGGUUGUUUCUUUGCAAUAUGCCAUCAGGGGCUAUAAGACAUGAUUCAGACACUAUUCCUUUGCCUGAAGACAGGAGUGUAUUUUCCAGGUAACACCUCAAAACUACACAAAUGGAGAAAUUUAUUAAAUGACUCUGAUUUGUCGCGGGUCUGUGGACUUAGCAAUGAUUCUUUUUCUUCCUUUCAAUGCCUUGGCUUUCACAGCUAAGAGUAAUAAGGCCAGUUAGCACAGAAAAACCUGAAAAGCAAUUUAUUCCUGCCCAGAAGUUCAGUGCAGUGCUCCUGCAGCAAGUGUCUUACCAGCUACAGAUGGUCCCAAAGGUGCAAAGGGUGAACAGGUACAGAGCCAUGACCGUUUAGCAAUACUGUAAUUUUGGCACUCCUUGUCAUCCCUUUACUCUUGUUUCAUGCCUUCUUCAAUCUUUCAUUUUGUCUCUUUACUUCUCUCAUUUUCUUCUGCCCCACCAGCCUUUGUGGGCUCUGCACAAUUUCAGGAAGCUGAACAUGCUUUCUGCAUUCAUAAUGCUACUCUAGAUACUUGGCUUUUAAUAAAUAAAAAAAUAAUAUUGUACAUUUUCACAGCAGCCCAUAAAAUAGAGAUGUAAUGAGAUUUUAAUCUGAUUGUACCGUUUGUACUCUGAAUCACUUCCUAUUAUCUCCCACAAAAUUAUUACUGCUCCUUCUUCCAGGGGCCAGCUCUCAAAACCAGAAAUCAUGCUUGCUAGUGUUGCCUCCUAAUCUGAUGGUUAUAAUUUGAUUGCUUCAUACUCUCUGCCCCAACAGCAGAAUUCCCCCAAGGUGUGAUUUGUCAGGUAAUUUUUUCAUGAGCUGCUGCAAACAGCAAAUGGCUCCAAAAUGCUUUCUGUCAUGUGGCAGAACCAAGUCACACUCUCUGCCAAGUGACCAAAUCAGCUUCUGCCCAAACUCUUCAUAAGUACACGUGAAAUUGUUUAUUUUCUUACCAUGUCACAUCUGUGUUAUCAAGUGUAAACCACCCACCUUGGAAUGAGGGGCUUGCUUUCCAUCCACAAAGGAAAUUCUCAACAUUAUCACUUCAUAUGAACUAUGACAUGAAAUUUCAGUGGCAUGCACUGAUAUUCUGUAUAGACAUCUUCUGGUCCACUUCUCCUCUGUGUGCCCUCUGCAAUUCCAUGGUUGAAAUAAGCAAAGCCAGCAGGAUCUUUCAACAAACUACUCCAGAGAGGAAUCCUUAAUAAUGUUGUGAUUUAGCUCAUUCUCUAGAUCAUAUACUGUGAUGUGGGAUUGGAUUAGAGCUGAACCAGAUUGGCCUUCUGGUUUAAGAGAACAUACACCUCUGGAACAACAUGAGGACAUUUAUUUCACAGAUUUUCAGUGCCAUGUGUAGGGGUAGUAAAGGCUUUUUCAUCAAAGUAAUGCAUUUCCUAGGAAAUGAAGGUUUCUGUCGGAAUAAUUCAAUUUUCCUGAGAUGUUUUAUUUUCCUGAGGAUGGGCAGCUGGAAGAGCAAGGGGGAAGGAGUCAGUGUUUGGUGCUCUCUUAAAGCACUAAGGAAACAUAGUGGGAGAAAAAUGUAGGAAACAUUUGACCAAUUUUUUAUUUUAAAUUAAAUUCUAGGAGAAGAAUCAAGAGGCCUGUAGAGUUUCUCUAGAAAAGUGAGACAUUCAGGAAUAAAAGGAACUUUAGAACCGCAAGGAGAGAGAGGAACAGAAGUAGAAUAUGGAAGUAAGAAAUAAAUUUCUCAUGCUUCUAUAGUCUGGUUUUCAACCUUUUAGUAUAUUCUUCAAAACUUAUUUGUGUUAGUGGCUGGUAUUCCUACAGCACCAUUUCAGGAAAGGUGUGACUUCCAGAAGUGUGAGGAGCAGAUAAAGAAACCAUCUGUUACAUAGAGAUGAGUUGCCCAACAGAACAGGAGGGAGAAAUUGCCUGGAAUGAGUCACCAGCUUGUUUUCUGUGGGUGAAAUACCAAGCCCUCUGUCUCAUGUUAUAAACAGCAUUUUUUCUUUUCUUUGCCUGUUCAUGCAUUUUUUGCUCCAACUUUAAUUAAUUUUAAAAUGCUCACAUGUGUGUUUUGCCUGUGAGAACUGGGCUUUUCCCUCUGAACAGAAGAUGACUUUGGCAGCCCUGGGAAUUCAAAGCCUGUCCAAGUGUUCACUUUGGUCAGGGAUAAGGCACUCCCAGUUGGACAAAUUCCCUGAACAAAUCUGCAGUGUGGCCUGUGAUUUCUGCUCUGGAAACCAAAUAUCUCUUUCACGUAGCAUCAGAUUACAGGAGAGCUGAGCAUCUUGGAGACAGGUGUUGUGCAGUCAUUUUAGUAUAAAUUAUUUAAUAACAGCCUUGAGUACCACUGAUAGUAACUGAUGACUUGCAGAGACAAGUAACUGCUCUGGAAACAGAAGCACAGGUUUUGGAGGUUGAAUUAAAUAGACACAAAAAAGGUAAGGUAAAGGUAAGUAUACUUUUUGGCCUGGUAAAAUGAUGGAUGUGCUUGUGCUGUGUCCCUAAAAGGGGCCUGGAAUACCCAGAAACAAGGUGUAUUUAUAAUUGUUCUCUCUUGGACAUGCAAUUUUCAAUCUCCUAGUAAAAUACAGAUUUCAUAUUUCCAAUCAUUAUGUGUUAAAAUGUGUUUUUCCUAGUGGUUCAAGGGUAAUAAGUUAUGGCAUGCUCAGCAGGCUGGUGGUUCUUUCUGCCUGAGUUCCUCAUAAAUACAGAGUGAGAGAAGCAUUUGUUAAUAAUCUUGAAACAAAUGAAAAAUUUGUGUCUAUUUCAUCUUUGAGCUGAGCUGUAAACUUGGAGAGAUUGCUCUCUAAAUGCAGCUUCUGAUCCAUUCUUUUAUGAUGUAAAUAAUGGACAGAGCAUCCAGUCCUAUGUUCCUUCAGUAUUUAGUGAUGCCUUUGCUCCUGGGGCACUUUUAUUCUACUUCUAAAAUUGACUGAUAAUGAUCACUGAGAGCCUAGAGUUGUAUUUAUCCUCUGAGUACAGAAGUCCAUUGCAGCAGCUACUGACAUGGAAAUAAUUUCUUUUUUGAAGUUUCAGCUGUUUUCAUGCAGCUCUUCCCGUGUGAUUGGAAAAUGAAUUGUGCUGUAGCUACAAAGGGGAAUAAAACAGUAAACCAGUCAGGCAAGCUGCUUUGUGUGCAGUAGAAAAUCACAGGAAGAGAGCAAGAUGAGGUGUUCUGGCAAUCUAUAGGCAUCAGCUGAGGUACAGAAGAUAUAAAUCAAGAUUUAGAUGCAGAGGAAAGCAGAUUUUUUUGGUUUUUUGUCUUAAAUACAAAAGCUUGCUACUGAAAUGUUCUCCAAGUGGAAUUUAGCACAUGUAGAAAAGAAAGCAAAAGGUCCUGUUUGUGUGACAGGUCCUUAAUGUGAGAGAAGUGAUCCAAUAAGCUUUUAUGAUUUUCUUGAUGGGAGCUUCUUUCACCUCAGGUGAACUACAAAAACACAAUGAUGGACCGUAUUAACUAGGAAUAGGUGCCCAUCAUGACAAGAAAGCCCAGCACUACAAGUUUGACAAUUAAGAAAAAUGUUUCCAUUGAAGGCUGUAAGUGUUUAACCAUGGAGGAGCAGAUUUUCAAUUUGUCUUCCACUUAGUUUAAGGCUAAGCUAAGUGCCUCUAAGGAGAGAAGGAUUGUGGCUACACUGGCAAGUUAUGGACCCAAGGGAACAUAGAAAUGUGUCUGUACAGAGGAGCAAUUGAUGCCCAGCUCAUCUGUUUUAUAGCUGUUAUUUUCAUUGCCUAAUUCCCUGUCUACCUUUAUAAAUAAUGACAUUUAUUUUCUCUGCACUAGAUUAUACAGGUACAGCAAAAAAGCAAUUACUGAAAUUGGUUGGUAAAGGAUAUGAAUUUUCCAGAGUAUGAUUUAUCUGCUGAUCUGCUUCAUGCCCUCCUUGUCAUUACUGGCAAAGUAUCUUUGCAGUUCUUAAGUGAACUGAAUUCCUUUUCUGCAUUAAUUGGUGUCCUGCAGCUAUGAAAAACAGCACAUUUAAAAUUUUGCCUGGGAAUUUUUAAUCAAUAUUUAUUACCUAAAACCACAGGAAAUGGUGCAAUAUUUAAAAGAUAUAUUUGGAUUUAGGGAUCAGAAAUAAUUUAGUCUCCAAUGCAUUCAUUUGGAAUGAUUAUGUAAGUCUCUUUUGAGACACAAAAAACACUGUGAACCACUGUGAGACCAUUUCAUCUGGAGCUGGACUAAGAGCAGGGACAUGUUUUGCCCCCCGUGCAUCAGCCAGUAGUUGCAGUGACUAAACUACUGAUUUAGAAAAAAAAAAACAAAAGACCUGGAGUAGUAUUUUGAAGAUAUGAAUGGUGCUUUCUUUCAACUCUUUUUUUUUUUUUUCCCAGAAAUACUAUUCCUGAUGCCAUAUCAGCCACUUUCUCAAGAGUUCAGCUUUGGAGUGUAAUUUGGACUGAUUUUAUAUUAUUUUUCCCAGCAAAUCUCCAAUAGAGUUGAGAAAUUUAUGAAGCAUCUUGUAACCUUAAGUUAAUGUUUCUUUUCAGAGAGCACUGUGCUUUAUUCAAAUGGCAUCUAUACAAAGCACAAUCUGGUUUGCAGGAACCUUCCAAGAAUAUUUCUGCACUGAAGCCUCUGCAAUAACUGCACCUUAGGUAGUUUCAAGGCAGCUGAGAUGUAUCAGUCCAAGCUGGCCUGAGAAAUCAUGUUGUCUUACUCAUCCUACAUCCUCAUAACACUGGCUGCUUUGUCAGUGACUUGCCAUGCAUUGAGUAAAUGCCCAGGAAUUUCUGGGCUACCUGGUAUCCCUGGAAGGGAUGGUCUGAAUGGUGUGCCUGAUUCUCUGGCCAGCAAACACCAUGAUGCUUUAGCACAUUUGAAGCACCGACUUUUCCAACUUGAGGCUGUGCUUGCUUUGAAUGGGAAAAUAAGAAAAGUAGGAGACAAAAUACUUGCUAGCAAUGGGAAGAAAGUGGACUUUGCAUCUGCACUACAAUCCUGUGAAGAGGCUGGAGGAACUCUUGCUGCCCCCAGGAAUGAGGAGGAGAAUAAAGCUGUCAUGGACAUUGUGAAAGAGUAUAACCAAUAUGCUUACUUGGGCAUUAGAAAGGGGGAGACUUCAGGUCAGGUGAAGUAUUUAGAUGGCAUGCCUCUGAGUUACAGCAACUGGCACCAGCACGAGCCCAAUGGCAAAGGGAAAGAGAAAUGUGUGGAGAUGUACACUGAUGGCACCUGGAAUGACAAAAAGUGCAAUAUGUACCGUCUCACAAUCUGUGAAUUUUAAAGAAUGGCCUUUCAGCCACCUCAGAGUAUGGAGGUAAUGAAGUAUCUGUGUUUCAGGUUGAUUAAAUUCCUGCCAUUUCUCUGUAUCCUAAAAUAUAAGAUGAAUCAUAUUGUGAUAUUUUUUAGCCUUAGGAAAAUGCCAAAUGUGCUAAGUGAUUAACAUGAUUAAAAUGUGCCUGAGCUGA